UUCUAAAUUAUAAAUGAAGAUCAGCAUCUUUUUUUUAUCAUUCAUAAUAAAAAUUACUGCAAAAGCCUUAAAAACUGCUGGUAAGUUACAUCUUCGAAUAAAUAAGAAAACCCAGGAAAUGUAAUUAGGCAGAUAAAACGUUAAUGCUUUUUGUGUUUAAAAAGAAAGAAGAAAGAAAGGAACAGCUUUCUUGUUUUCAUCAAAUUUCUUAAAUUCUUAUGCUAGUAUUGUACUAUUAUAUGAUGAAGUAAUUGUAAAAGUCGACAUUCCCAAACACGGCUUUGCCUCUACCUCCAGAUCAUCGCUUUCUUCCGUUGUGUACGUGAGUAUCUUCUCCUCGCCUGUCACAAGUCGUUAAACAUAUCGCUACUUGCGCGCACCUUAGCGCAUCACCCGCCAUUCGGCUACCCUGCGCAUCCAACGUUGACGACCGUCCUUACUCGUCGGAACUCUCUCUCCAGAACCCUAUACAAAUCCUCUCCCAUUACUUAUAUACUCAGCUUAUUAGCAUUCCACCGCUUCUUUUCGAUUCAAUAAAGCUUUGUUGCAGAAAAGAAAGGAAUAAAACCUUUUUUCUUUUCCGUGAGAAAUGGGUGUCGAUUAUUACAAUAUUCUGAAGGUUUCGAGGAAUGCAGCUGAAGAGGAUUUGAAGAAAUCGUACAAGAAAUUGGCGAUGAAGUGGCAUCCGGACAAGAAUGCGGUGAACACUAAGGAAGCGGAGGCGAAAUUCAAGCAGAUUAGCGAGGCGUACGAUGUGCUGAGCGAUCCGCAGAAGCGGCAGAUCUACGAUGUGUACGGUGAGGAAGGGCUGAAAUCCAGUGUUUAUCCGCCGCCGCCGCCGAGUUCGAAGGAGAGGGACGCCGGAGGGGGUCGGCGAUUUAAGUUUAGCCCUAGGGAUCCGGAGGUUAUUUUUGAGGAGUUUUUUUGGGGGUCCGAUGUUGGGCAGGGGAAGAGCGGCGGAAGGUUGAAGAAGGCGGCGUCCAUGGAGACUAAGCUGUCGUGUAGCUUGGAGGAGCUGUAUAAGGGAUCGAGAAGGAAGAUGCAGAUAGCAAGAGUCGUGCUUGAUGAGUCUGGUAAAGCUGUGACUGUUGAAGAGGUGUUGGCUAUAAACAUCAAGCCUGGUUGGAAGAAGGGCACAAAGAUCACUUUUCCGGAGAAAGGGAACCACGAAGCCGGUGCCACCCCCGGUGACCUCAUCUUUGUCAUUGAUGAGAAGCCACAUCCGAUUUUCAAGAGAGAUGGAAACGAUCUACUCAUCAAUCACAGCAUCUCCUUACUAGACGCUCUCACAUGCAAGACUCUCAACAUAACAACCUUGGACGGAAGGGAUCUACCUCUCAAAGUAUCCGGUGUCAUCAAACCGGGACAAGAGAUGGUUAUUCAAAACGAAGGGAUGCCGAUAUCUAAAGAACCUAGCAAGAACGGCAAACUGAGGAUCAAAUUUGAUAUCAAAUUCCCUUCGAGGCUCACUGCAGAACAGAAAUCGGAUUUGAGAAGGGUUUUGGGCAGAGCGGACGCAUAAGUUAAGUAGUUAUAUAACUCUAGUUAAGUGUAUAUACUUAACCUAUGGAGACUAGGUAAUCUACUGUGCAUAGUAGGAGAAAUAUCCACUUCAGUUUUUUAUUUAUCUUCGAUAUUUACCAGUAUCUUAGCACAGCUAUCUCUGCUGUCAAAAACUUUCUGCAAUGUGAAAUCUGUAACAUAAUAAUAAUGCCUUUUUAAAUGGAAAUUAUUUUCUUCA